GCAGCACUCCCCAUGCCCAGUCCGCCCCCAAUUAUACCCUUAGAGGGCUGAAAAUCUGGAGCAUACAGUGGAUGUGCAGCUCUCACUGAGGUGCUGAGAGAAGGGAUGGGUGAUGGGUGCUCUGGAGGAGGAAGCCUGGGGCUGAGAUGAUGUUGUUGGGGUGCUACAUUGCUACCUCCAUUAUCAGAUUCUUCGUAUUUCAUCUGGCUUCCUCUGGACUCCCAUGUCACCUCUUCAAGUCCUGUUCGUUUCCAGGGCUCUAGCUGAGAGGUUCUUGUGUCUCCUAGCCCAGUUCAGUUAUUGAGAGGUCUUUUUCUCCAACAGGUCUAAGGCACCGCUUUUCCUCCAUUGUCCCUUCCUUGCUUCCAGGAUAAAGCCCAGCUCUUGGUUUGGCGUUCAAGGCUCCUCACGUCCUGACUACUCAUCGGUGACUGCACAUACCCCACAGAGCGGGCCCCGCCCUCCUAAACCACCACCCCAACUGUUCCCACCUUGGCGCAUGCUCUCCCCAAGUAAUGCCCCUGCUUUGUCGAGUGAACUCGGACCCUUCCUUAAAAGAUCAGCCUAAUCAGACGACCUCCCUCCUGGUAAACUUGUGACUACUUGCGCUUCUCGCCCCGGCAGGCCCUCCCCUUGCCGGCCGGCCAUCACUGCCCCCUGCCCACGCGGCGGUCCGCAACCUCCUCAGUCGCUCUGGGCAAGCCACGCCCCCGCGCGGCGGUUUCCGGUCCUGGGGCGCGCAGGCCGGAAGUUUCGCGUUGCCAUGGCAAGGGCCGGGCGCGGGCCCGCCCCCGCGGCGCCGGGAGGAGCGCUGGGCAGAAGGACCCGCGGACCGGCUCCGAUCGGCUGCGAAGUGGCUGCUGGCGGGAGGCGGAAGGUUCCGGCUUAGCCCCGGGGACAGACCCGGGGGGCGCGCAGCAGGCGGGGACAAGCGGUGCCCCCGACAGACUCGUGCCCUCGGCAGCUGGCCGUGAGGCAGGGAUUGGCGGCGUCCCAGGUGGUGCCGCACGCCUCACCCUUCCCAGAGCGAGGAGCACGCCUGCCCCACCAUUCGCUCUUGUAGAUAAAGCCACAGGGACCAGCCCAAGCAGUCAGGAUGUGAAGCCCCAGAACCUGUGGGAAGAUGCUGGGCAUAGCUGUGAGGCAGCCUGGGGGAGUCUCAGCAGAGCACCAGGGUUCAGGCCUGGCCUCAGUUUCCCAGGUAGAGGGUGGAGACACUGGAGCAGGGUGGCUGUAGGGAGGCUUGGGGCAGGAUUUGUGGACUGAGGCUGUAGCUGCCCUGCUCAGCCCCCCUCAGCCUGGGUGUGGUGAGGUGGUCAGUUGCCGGAGCUCUGCCGAGCUGUGCUGGCCUCUGUGGCUCAGUCAGGGGCCGGCGGGAGGGAGUACCUGUGUGUGCAGCUCGGCCACUGGCUACUCCAGAGGGGGCCCUUCCUGAAGACACAGUUGCUGGGCCCUGGGUGCCCUGCCUGCCUAGAGAGCAUCAGCCCCGGGUGCCAGGGGCCAGGACCCCCGGACCCUGGACACACACCUGCCCAGCCCUCCCUCCUGCUGCACCUUCUCUUAGCACUGACGCCCUGGGGGGCGGUAGGGGAGGAAGGCCUGGCCAUGGCUGCCCCUGGACCCCACCUGGUCUAAGACUGGAAGGCAAGGGCUCUCUGGGCUCCCAGGAGUGUGUACCCUGCCCUGCCCUGCCCUGCCCUGCCCCUGUGUAAGGAGUCGGGAGCUGUAGCCUUUUCAUCUGGGUGAUUAGCUUCAGACCCUGGACUGACGCUGGCCAGGUCCCGCCUGCUUCCUGCAGGGUGUCCUCCUGACCCCACGCGGGAGGGAGGCCCUGCCCAUCGAGCGGCCAAGGUGCUCGGGCCCCGGGAGGCGGGCUGCAGGUGCUGUCCCACGCCACCUUUCUUCUUGGGGCCCGUGGCCCUCACACCUGCCCGGGCCUGGUCACGGCGUGAGGCCUCCUGACCCAGCCUUGCCAGGCACAGAGGCCACGAACCUCGGGAGGGGAUGCCCCCGAGGUCUCCAGUCCAGCCGGCUGCCCCCUGCCUCAGGCCCAGCCUGGCCCCUGCACUGCCCUGGCCGGUGCCCCCUGCAGCCCCCGCGGCAGGCAGCCCCCACCAUGGCCGAGCACCUGGAACUGCUGGCAGAGAUGCCCAUGGUGAGCAGGAUGAGCACACAGGAGCGGCUCAAGCACGCCCAGAAGCGACGGGCCCAGCAGGUGAAGAUGUGGGCCCGGGCUGAGAAGGAGGCGCAGGGCCGGAGGGCCAGCAGCCGGCCGCAGAAGCGGGUGCUCUUCCCGCCCAGCGUCACCCUCCUCGAGGCGGCUGCCCGGAAUGACCUGGAAGAAGUCCGCCAGUUCCUCGAGAGCGGGGUCAGCCCUGACCUGGCCAAUGAGGAUGGCCUGACAGCCCUGCAUCAGAGCUGCAUCGACGACUUCCGGGAGAUGGUGCAGCAGCUCCUGGAAGCUGGGGCCCGGGUCAAUGCCCGCGACAGCGAGUGCUGGACACCGUUGCACGCUGCGGCCACCUGUGGCCAUCUGCGCCUGGUGGAGCUGCUCAUUGCUCGUGGUGCUGACCUCCUGGCAGUCAACACGGAUGGGAACAUGCCCUACGACCUGUGUGAGGAUGAGCAGACGCUGGACUGCCUGGAGACAGCCAUGGCCAGCCAUGGCAUCACCCAGGACAGCAUCGAGCAGGCCCGGGCCCUGCCGGAGCUGCACAUGCUGGAGGACAUCCGGAACCUGCUGCAGGCAGGGGCCAACCUCGACGCCCCCCGGGACCAUGGGGCCACGCUGCUACACAUCGCCGCGGCCAACGGGUUCAGCGAGGCGGCCGCCCUGCUGCUGGAGCACCAGGCCAGCCUGAGUGCCAAGGACCGCGAUGGCUGGGAGCCGCUGCACGCGGCGGCCUACUGGGGCCAGGUGCGCCUGGUGGAGCUGCUCGUGGCACAUGGGGCUGACCUGAACAGCAAGUCCUUGAUGGACGAGACGCCUCUCGAUGUGUGCGGGGAUGAGGAGGUGCGCGCCAAGCUGCUGGAGCUGAAGCACAAGCACGACGCCCUCCUGCGUGCCCAGGGCCGUCAGCGCUCCCUGCUGCGCCGCCGCACCUCCAGCGCCGGCAGCCGUGGGAAGGUGGUGAGGCGGGUGAGCCUGACCCAGCGCACCAGCCUGUACCGCAGGGAGCACGCCCAGGAGGCCAUCGUGUGGCAGCAGCCCCCGCCUGCCAGCCCCGAGCCGUCAGAAGAGGAUGAGGACCGCCAGACCGAUGCAGAGCUCCAGCCGCCGCCCCUGGAGGAGGAGGACCCCGAAGAGGCCAGGCCGCACAAUGGCCGAGUGGGGGGCGCCCCAGCACGGCACCUGUACUCCAAGCGGCUGGACCGGAGCGUCUCCUACCAGCUGAGCCCCCUGGAGAGUGCCUCCCCCGACGCCCUGGUGCGUGCCAAGGCCCACCACACCCUGGCAGAUCUCAAGCGCCAGCGGGCUGCUGCCAAGCUGCAACGACCCCCAGCUGAGGGGCCCGAGGCCGCUGAGGCUGGCCUGCCUGUGGACACUGAGACCCCCCAGCCGGAGAGUGGCUGUGGGGUGAGUGGAGAGCCGCCCCUGCUCAAACUCACAGCCCCCUCAGAGGAGGCCCCCGUGGAGAAGAGACCGUGCUGCCUGCUCAUGUGAGGGGCCGGCGGCUGGGGUGACGAAGGUCCCACUGCCCAGCUCCGCGCCCCUGCUCUGCGUGCCCAGUGCGUGUCCCGGGCCAGGCUGCCAGUCUCCCUGAGGAACAGACCUGGGGCAGAAGCCGUACCUGGGAGACCGCUGGCUGCAGAGACCUAGUGUUGUUCUGUGACUUUCGAUAAAGGGCUCUUCUGCCA